CUUAAUGGAGAUGAAAUUUAUAGAGUAUUACAGAGAUACUCCAGGUUACUGAUCUAGUUUCGGUUCAAUCAAAUCCUCGGGAUGUUACACCUGAGUCCUGAGUAUCAGGUUCAUUGACGAUGGCCGUACCCAAGAAGAAGUUACUCGAUACCGUCUGGAACACCACGACGUUUUUGCUCACCAAGCAGCCGGAAGAUUUCGUGGAGUGUCAUCGCGUUAAAAUCGUCAUCGUCGGCAGCGGUUACACGGGUGUCGCCGUUGGAAUCGCGAUUCUCUUCAAGCGUCUCGCCUCGGAGGUGGUGUUCAUAGACGCGGACGAGGAAUUGGCGAAAGCAGAGGCGGAAGACAUCAGCCACGCGGCGGCGUUCCUCGGCAACCCGAAGAUCGUCGGUACCAAAGAUUAUUCCAUGGCUAGAGAUGCCACGGUCUGCGUGAUCACCGUGGGGGAUAGAGCUACGAGCGACGAUGACGAAGCAACUUUGAUGGAUCAGAAUUUGAAUAUUUUUAAAGACGUUAUCCCGAAGGUCUGCAAGUAUGCACCAAACAGCAUACUUUUAAUCGUGACGGCACCAGUCGACAUACUGUCGUAUGCAGCCAUGAAGCUCUCAGGCUUCCCACCGCACCGUGUGAUGGGGUUGGGCACAUUUUUGGAUAGCUGUAGGUUUCAGUACUUCAUCGCGCAGAAGCUUGGAAUUUCGGCAAACUCGGUGCAGGCCUCUAUAAUUUGUGAAAACGGACCCACGUCUGUACCCAUCUGGUCCGCCGUGACAGUCAUGGGCAUUAAACUGAAAGACAUCAACAGAGAUAUCGGUACUAAAUCGGAUCCAGAAUCGUGGGGUGAACUACAUACAAAAGUAAUCGAAUCCGAUAAAGAUCUUAUCACGAGGAAAGGAUAUCGCUGUUGGGGUACUGGUAUUUGUGCGGCGGAAGUCGUAGAUGCCAUCGUGCGAAAUACUUGUAUUUGCAUGACGGUAUCUACCUACUUAAAGGGUUGUAGACACGGUCUGGAGAAAGAUGUCUACAUGUCACUGCCCUGUAUAGUCGGCAGAAAUGGCAUACAAACGCUUCUUCGUCAUCCGUACACGCCGGAGGAGCAAGAACUUACGGAGGCCUCGUGCAGAGCCAUUUACGAGACUCAAAAAUCAAUUCUUCAUACUUUGGAGUGAAUCUUUACGAUCUCACCAAGUACAAACGUUUUCAUCACUUUCGUCGACUCGUGCAUUCGUUGGAAAGUCCAUAAUUCUAAAAGUUCACUCGUGACGCGAAAGAACAAUGUUGUAUUGAUUAAAUUACACAAAAACCAGCAGCGAGAUGAGAGUUCGGUGGCAGAAUCCAUGCUUAAGAAGCACAGCCAGUUUGUUUUACAAACCGAAUUUCUUUUCUUUUUCUUCGGCAACCGAUGAAUAGGGGAGGCGCUAUAAAUCGCACGCGCACGCCACUCGGCCGAUUUCGGCCAAUUUGCCAAGAUUAAUGUAGACCAGGGAUAAUUAAUUGGCGGACGUACGAAGCGGUUAACCGUCCCGCCACCGGCGACCGGUCGUGAUAAAACGAUCGCUAUUACAAACACAAAGAACGCCAGUUUCGAAGACGCGAUGGUCAACGAUACAGCAAUCUUUUAUAAAAUUCGCUUUCGCCGAUACCGGCCUUUUGUCUUUGUCAGCAGCGGCAUUAGUCAACAAGUUCUCGCGUCGACGCUCCUCGACGCUACCGUCCUACCCCACAAUUCGAUAAAGUCGUUUCCAAAGGAAUAAAGAUACCCGUGUUCAAUAAUGAAUCCGACAACGGUUCCUACUUACGCUACGGACUGCCAGAAGAAGAAAUUUAUUCAUGGAAUUCAGCGAAACAUCGUUGUUGCCGGUAUAAGCUUCGUACGAAAUAAUCGACGGUGAUUCAUUACCUCGAUUACAGAGUCGAAAUUUCGUCGAGCAAACCGGCCAACUCCGGUGGAAAAAGCGCGUGAAACAGAGACGCGAUCGUGGCAAUGCCGAUGCCUGCUGCUUUUAAUGGCUGUUCAUCCUCUUUCUGGAUUCAUAUUCUCGAAAUGAGCAAGGAACCGUAUAACGAAGAGAGGCUUAUAAUGUAAACGCGGCUCGUUGUCGUCGCGACGACCAACCACCAGCAAAUUCUUCGUCGUUCUCUCGCAACAGGAGCACGGGGACACACCGGUGAUUCAUUAUACAUGCUAACGAAUGUGCGUUACGAGAGAGAGAGAGGGAAAGAGAGGCUACGAAGGGUUUCCUGCGGCUGGAAGCCACACCAAUAACGACGGGGAGUACGGCAACGUCUUCAUCUCCGACGCACCGGCUUCUUCUCAGGCGAAGCCGUUUUUCUGUAUUAUCUCGAUGACGAGUCUCGAGCACGUAAUUUAUAUCGCAAACCUAAUAACACGAUUCUGUUCCUCCAUGUCUUCCCUUGUCAACAUCAAGUCGUCUAUUUCCCUACUUUUCGCCUACCAUCGCUAAUCUUCGUUAUCAUUCAGUUUCUUGUUCGAAGUGUAUAAAAAUGAAACAAAUAUCGAAUAUAUUCCUCUAUGAACUUUCCAAUCAGCAACGUUUGGGAAGUAAUUUGGCGAGGAAAAUUCAUAAUCCUCUCGGUGUCGGAAUACGAGCGAAAAAGAAGGAGGUUCCCGAGGACAUCGUUCACCAGCGAAACACCGCGGUAGGUACUACUAAUUACUGUACUUUUUAUUUCGCUCCGACAUAAUGCCCCGCCGGUUCGAGCAGCGGGUUCGGUUCACCAUGAGCGGAGGUGGCCCGGCCGCCGCGUCACAAGGAGAAAAAGGAACACGUGUAGGAGUAAAAAGGAAGAACGAACGGAGAGUGGCCAGAGGCCGAUGGAACACUGUCUGGCUCCCCUCUUGUAGUGCAAUAUCCGAUGCGUUCGGAUCAUUUAUGCAGCGAUCACGACACGUAUGCAAGCACGGCAGAUCUUAAAGCAUUCGGUCGACGUCGUAAAACCGCAGCGGUACACGACGGAGCGUGGGGGCCAGGUCGGUCCUUGAUUGAGUUACGAUUUAAUUAGUCCGUGCGGCCAAUCAGUAAUUAAGAUAUCCGCUAAUCAACGGACCCAAGAGCACCUCCGAUCUCUUCACCCCUGACGCGCAUUAGCAGAGGGAACUUUUCUCUGCUCCCCUCCCGUCUCGAUGCGUACUUCCAUCUUCGUCCUUCGUUCUUCUUCUGCUUUCUUCCCACACUUUUUACUACCUUAUCCUUCCUGGUUCCCGGUCCAUUGCCAAACCCGUGAAUCAAUCGACCGGACAGUUCGGCCGCCCGCAGGAUUCUACGCGCGUGACUAAUCUCCUCGUAAAAAACAAGGGAUCUAAAUCGAUAGCUGGACAAAAAGUUGAUAGCUUCGGGAAAUGGUAACGAAAAUUUGGUUCUUGCUGAGAACUUAGGCCUCUGAUGUUUAGUUCGUUUAUGUUCUGAAUACAUUUUCUGGGAGCUAUGAUACUUAUGAGUUUUGUUUCUUUCGAGACA